AUGUUUGAUGGCUUAGACGCAGGCUGUGCAAGCUUAAUCGCCUUCCUCGACUCUGUUAUUGCUAAUAAAAAACUUUAUUAUUUCCACGCCAAUCGCUGUCAAGUUAAUAAACUUAUCCACAUUGAAUCUAAUCUGCGGGACGUUAGACGGGCUCUGCUGACCCCCGUCACAAGCAGCAUUCGGAAUCUUGAUAAUGAGCUGAGAUCACUUAAAGCUGCUUCCGAUUUUCUGAGCAAUAGUCCAGAGUUUGAUCGAGAGGCUUUUGACAAGAAAGUGGAGCUUCUAAAGUCUCGUAUACACAGCUGGAAGCGCCAACUGACUACAAUUAACCUCGAAUUUUCCCAGUACAUUUCGGAACUGCGCGCCCAUCGUCUGUUGCGUCGUUGUCUCCUGGCCUGUGAAUUGCAAAUGGUCGGUGGUCUGACUUUUGUGGAGGGUUGUCCAUCUGACCCUUGGUUUAAGAUGUGUGAGAAAUUCUGCCUUUCUCGGUUUUGUCUGCACGAUCCUUCGUUUCGCCACUUUUCCGGCCUUCGUCUCAAAAGCAUUUACCGUGUAUGCAAUACGGUUCUCCUGGAGCACACAGGUUUCACUCAACUUAACGAGGAUGAGUAUGACUCUGAAGAUGACUUACUGUUCUACUGUGGUGAAUUUUCCUCCGCCUUGUCACUGUGCAAGUUGGCAACUUUUGUCCGAUCUGGAUUCUCUGCGAGCGACGAUUCGAGCAAAAUUAUUUUGACAUCUCUCCUGAACAGCGCAAUUACAAACUGUUCCGAAGUUUCUACUGAAAAUGAUUUUGAAGCAGGCAGCGGUGUAAGAUUCUUUCGGGGUCUUAUAGUUCGUUGCAGAUCUGA